AAAAAAACAAAAAGACAAAAAUAUUUAUUAAAACAAAAAAAGAAAAAAAAAACAAAUAAUCGUCUUGUUCUGUUCUAUUAUAACUUUUCAUUUUUAAUAAGAAAAUGGCAAAAAAUUUACUAGCAAUAUGUCUGGUGUUUAUGGUUGCAUCAAGUGUGGUGUAUGAAGUGCAAGGAACUUUCUUAUUAAAGUUAUACUUGAGGAGGAGGUUUCCCAAACGUUGUAUGGACUUUGCGCCUUUUGCUGCCAAGGGUAUGUUAUUGCUCUUGAGCAACCUUCAAGAUGGAUGUCCCGCAACUAGAGAGUUCAAGGAAUUCUUUUCAAGGUUCAAGUCUUACAUAAGCUUUAUCAUCUCAGCAUCGUCCUCAACGAAAAACAUUGAUACGGAGAUUGAUGGGAGAUGUGAAUUACUUGCCAAGGCUAUGUCUGCAUUGAGUGGUAGUACAAGCAGUAAAACAUCGUCGGAUUUAAAAAUGACCAUGCUGUCAAUGGGAAAGACUUUGGUUGAGCAGAAGAGGCAAGGUUCAACGAUAAUGUCAUUUCAACAAAAGAAAGAAUUGUUUAAGGCUUUUGUGGGUUGGGUUCGACUUGUUUUUACAUUCGUAAAGAGUGUCGCGGAGCAGAAAGGAAAGUCGAUUGAUGAAUCAUCUUACGGUCUUGAUGUCGAUGUUAAUUCCAGCAUUGGAAGUGGAAGCGAUAGUGAUGAUGAUUCAUCCGAUAGUGAGGGUUCCUCACCUCAAGCUGGAACUCCCACUCCCAGCACCGAAACUGGAUCCUCACCUCAAGGUGAAACUCCCUCUCCAACCACUCCCACUCCCACAACUCCCACUCCCAGCACCGAAAAUGGAUCCUCACCUCAAGGUGAAACUCCCGCUACAACCACUCACACUCCCAGCACCGAAACUGGAUCCUCACCUCAAGGUGAAACUCCCACUCCCACAACUCCCACUCCCAGCACUCCCGCUACUCCCACUCCCGCUACUCCCACUCCCAGCACUCCCAGCACUCCCACUCCCAGCACUCCCGCUACUCCCACUCCCAGCACUCCCAGCACUCCCACUCCCACACCCAGCACUCCCACUCCCGCUACUCCCACUCCCACCACUCCUACUCCUUCAACUUCAGACAGUCCGAGUGGAAAAACCUCUGAAAAAGGAAGCGAAAGUUCUAGCGGAGGUGCUUCAACAAAGGAAGAAUCCAACAGUCAAAGUGGAACUCCCACUGGCACCCCUUCUGGUUCGACUCCUACUGAUAGUGAAACCUCUGCUCAAGGAAGUGCUACUUCUCAAAAUAAAGAACCCAACAGUGUGGGUGAUUCUUCUCAAACGAAUGAAGAAUCCAACACCGGAAGUGAUUCUUCUGAAAAGAAUGAAUCCAAAAGCCAAAGCUCAUCUACCACCACAUCAGUUAAAGAGGUUGAGAGCCAAACAUCCUCGGAAGUCAUGUCUUUUAUUUCAAAUCUUGAGAAGAAGUAUUCAGGCAAUGCAGAACUCAAAGUCUUUUUCGACAAACUAAAGACUUCCAUGUCUGCUUCCUCAAAGCUUUCUACCUCAAAUGCACAAGAAUUCGUCUCUGGGAUGAAAUCUGCUGCUUCCAAACUAUCAGAGGCCAUGAUGUUCGUGUGUUCAAGGUUUAGCCAAUCCCAAGAGACCAAGUCCAACAUGGAAACUUCCCAACAAGAAGUGUUGAAGACUCUCAAGGAACUACAAGACAUCAACAGCCAAAUCGUAAGUGGAAAGAAAGUGACAUCAACACAAAAGACAGAGCUUAAGCAGACGAUCACCAAGUGGGAACAAGUCACAACCCAAUUCGUUGAGACCGCUGCUUCUUCAAAGUCAUCUUCAUCUUCAUCUUCUUCUCAUGGCAGUGUAAAGAUAGCCCAGACGAACUGAGUUAAAAGCCUAAGUACCAUCAAUGAACCCUAAAUCAGCAAGAAAGACAAACUAGUACCGCCAAAUAUUAUAUUUUAGUAGCUUACUAGAGAUUUUGUUUUCGCUUUUUAAAUAAUACUAAGAUUGGUAUAGGCCAGCAAUGGCUAUAAACCAACGUAUGCAAGUAAAAAAAAAAUUACUCUGUAAAAAAUAAUGAUAGAUUGUAAGCGCUCUGUAUUGUUGUUAACAUACAGAAGUGAGUAAGACCCAUUAAAGGGAUUUUGAAUAAUUUUCUUCUC